UUUCGACGGGCUGCACGCACUGUCACUGUCCGCUGUGGAAAUCCAAAUCCUCCUCAGUCGAAUUCGCGUCGUCGAGGCAAGAACAUUGCCGUGCCACACAGUUUGACAUGCACAGCCGGACAAUUUGACAUCGCAUUGCAGCUAAAACCGAGUUGGAGAUAUAGGAAAUCAGCAGGAGAUGCAGCUUCCUCUGGUGGCGGAUUUGUGCUGAGCUCUGCAGCUGUCUUCCCGGAGAGACUUUAUCCGUCUUUGUCGCCGUUGUUGUUGCUGUACAGUUUUUCCGCCGUGGAAUUUGUCGAAGCGGAAAAGCGAAAAGAAGCAGCACCGCGAAGCCCUCGAAGUGUCGACGAAAAUCGUUAAAAAAUAGAAAAACGAAAAACACUCGGCGACUAUGUCACGACGCGCUUGAAGACCCCCAUCCGCAUCGAGGGAGAUAUUGAGAUUGAGCGAGAUCCAAGCCCUACUUCGCCACCCACUCCGUCUAUAAAUUCCCACUCCCAUCCACUCAAAACUCAGGAUUCGCAUGGACAAAGGCACAAUGAAGCGCAAGCAGAGGAGAUACAGAACCACAUUCAACACCCUGCAGCUGCAGGAGCUGGAGCGGGCCUUCCAGCGAACCCACUACCCGGACGUGUUCUUCCGGGAGGAGCUGGCCGUGCGGAUCGACUUGACGGAGGCGCGGGUGCAGGUGUGGUUCCAGAACCGGCGGGCCAAGUGGCGCAAGCAGGAGAAGAUCGGCGGCCUGGGCGGGGAGUACAAGGAGGGAGCGCUGGAUCUGGAUGUGGCCUACGACGACAGUGCUGUGCUGGGCCAACUGGAUAGUGCAUUGGGUGGUGGUGGAACUCUCUUGCCGGAUACUCCACCGCAAUCCUCGAACUCGCUGGACAACGAACUCAAGGCUUCCUACGGCACAGGGGCCAUGUCGCCCUCCAGACUCUCACCGAAUAUCUUCCUCAACCUCAACAUUGACCACCUGGGUCUGGAGCGAGGUGGCAGUGGUCUCUCCAUGGAGUGGUCCACCUAUCCGCCACCUCAAACGCAAGCGCAGACACAACCGCUGAUGGACCCGGAAUCGCAUCUCCACCAGCAGCAGCAGCACCCGCCACAACAGCUUGAAGUCCAUUCGAAUUCUAAUCCUCACCAGCAUCAGCAGCAGCAUCAGCAGAAUGGCCAGCAUCUGGAGUUCGCCACCGCCUUGAACUUGGACAUGAACGAUGGCUCCUCCGCCUACGAUGAGAUGAAGUUCCUCAGCGUGGACGUGGACCAGUUCACGAUCGACAGCUUCAAGGCGGACUGCAUCCUCAGCAUGGAGCAGUCGCAGCUGCAGCCCUACGUGGGUCACUCGUCUAACGAACUGUGUCUCGAGGGGAUCGGCAUGUCCUCCUUUGGCCUGGAAGAGGGCGAGCCCAAGACGCCGCCCUCACUUCUGGUGCUCGACAAGACGCUGCCCUCGCUGAGCAUCGGAGUCGAGGGAAUCGCCGAUCUGGUGGAGCAACUGCAUCAGCACCAACAGGAGAAUGGGUCGGUGGGCGGUGUAUUGUGAAUCCAACUUAGGCGAAUUCU